CCCCCGGGCAAUAGGGGAUCAUGGGGCCCCUGUGUCCUUGCCCAAAUUCAAAAAAGCCUAUGAAAAAGGUACCAGGGGCAUCUCUGACCCCGGGCCCUUGGGCAGUGCUCGAGUUUCCAAAUGGUCAGUCCGCCUCUGGUCAGCACACCUCCCCAGAGAACCACAAAAGCUGCCUGAAAAACCAGAGUUCAGCUAGAGAGAUUGAGUACGCCUAUAUCUAACCAUAAUACAACAUGUAGACCAAUGCAAUCUGCGAAAUGUGUCCAAGACUUUCAUUUUGCAAGAAUA